GGUUGGAAGCCCAGUGAAGACAUCCACUUCGUCUCUGCCAUUCAUCUCACUUCAUUCGGAGCUACAAGUUGCUGUGGCGGAGGAGAAGUGUACUUGCGCUCCAGGAGCCAGUCGUUUGCUGUCGGUCUUUGUUCGGGAGAGGGCAGGAUGUCUAACAACAUGGCCAAGAUUGCAGAUGCUCGAAAAACAGUAGAGCAGUUGAAACUGGAGGUCAACAUAGAGAGGAUGAUGGUAUCCAAAGCAGCAGCUGAACUGAUGGCCUACUGUGAAGCUCAUGCCAAAGAGGACCCGUUGGUGACUCCAGUGCCUUCAUCUGAGAACCCGUUUCGAGAGAAGAAAUUGUUCUGUGAAAUCCUAUAACUCUCUUGUGCAAAAUACACACACACACACACACACGCACACACACACACACACACACACCUAAACAAUGACACUUUGUUUAUUAGGAUUAUUUUAAAACAGCAUUCCGUUUUUCAUUUAGGUAGCGAUUUCCUCACAUGUCAAAUGACUGUGUGUUAAGCACGAUAAGAAUGGCAAUAAAGAUUUAUUGAAAAGAGUGCAAAGUUCAUUUAAACAAGCCACUGCUGCUGCAUCUCCCACUGUGCACACAGUUUACAUAUUAACAAAACUGCAUAUUUAAGUUGUCACCGGGUUGUU